GCUUCAAUUAAUCACAUUUACCGUCAUAUCUGCUGAGCUAUCACUAAUGACGAAGCUGACCCCCUGUGGCACUUGUUGCAAAAUAAUUGGGCAUGAAGCCAAUGCUGGUACAUGCCCCAGGUGUUGUGUGAAUUUCCAGAUUUCAUGUAUUGGUUUGUCGUUAGUUCAUUUUGUACUACUGCGUGUAAUCAAGCAUGAUUUUGUCCAAAUAUUGUGUAAGAAAUACGAAGCCACUGUGUGGUCACAAACAGCGGAGAAGCCGCGCGAGCCUGCAGAACGGGCGAAACGUUCCUUGGGGAGGAACUCCGUGGGUUAACCUAAACUAGCGGAAACCCAGUCACUCCUGUUUUCGAACGAGCCCACCUGCACACCGACUGCAGGCUCUCCAGCACGAUGCCCACCCGUUGUUGGAGACUCAGUUGGCGUGGCUGUGUUGCGUCCUACGGACACUAAGAUAUCAGGUCUGCCGAACGCGGAUAAACAGAUC